GCGAGGUUCCGGGGGUGGGGCGGCCCGGCGGCGAGCGGGCGAGCAGGGCGGCGGGCGAGGCGGCGGCGGCGGGGGCGGCGGCGGCGGGCGAGGCGGAGAGAGCGGCGCGCGCGUGGGGGGGGGGUGCGGCCGCCGAGGGGAGCUCCUCCCCCGUCCCCUCACCCCCUUAGCUGAGCUCGAGCCGGGGCGGGGCGGGGUACGUGGAGCGGGGCCGGGCCAGGGAGCCGCUCCGAGUCCGGCCCGAGCGCACCGGGGCGCCAGCGCUCGCCGCUCGCGGCAACUUUGCGGCGGCGCCGCAGGUGUGGGGUUAGGGGGGCCCGCGGAGAGGUGCAUGAGCGGCGCGAGGGCGGCGCGGAGAGCGGCGGCGGUGCGGUCCGGCCCGGCCCCUGCUGGAGUCGCCGGGAGGAGGCGAGCGAGCAGCCAGGUGUGUGCCGCCUUCCUGAUUCUGGAGAAAAAUGCCGGUCCGGAAACAAGAUACCCAGAGAGCAUUGCAUCUGUUGGAAGAAUAUCGAUCGAAACUAAGCCAGACUGAAGAUAGACAGCUCAGAAGUUCCAUAGAGCGGGUUAUUAACAUAUUUCAGAGCAACCUCUUUCAAGCUUUAAUAGAUAUUCAAGAAUUUUAUGAAGUGACCUUACUUGAUAAUCCAAAAUGUAUAGAUCAUUCAAAGCAGUCUGAAGCAGUUCAGCCUGUGAAUACUUGGGCGAUCUCGAGCCUUCCAAGCACUACUGUGACUUCAGAAACUUUGCCCAGCAGCCUUAGCCCUCCUACAGAGAAAUACCGGUAUCAGGAUGAAGAGGUACCUCCUCCAGAGCACAUUUCCCCGCAAGUCACUAAUGAGGUGCUAGGUCCAGAAUUGGUUCAUGUCUCAGAGAAGAACCUGUCAGAGAUAGAGAAUGUCCAUGGAUUUGUUUCUCAUUCUCAUAUUUCACCAAUAAAGCCCACAGAAGCUGUUCCUCCUUCCUCUCCCACUGUCCCUGUGACCCCUGCCCUGCCCGUCCCUGCUGAGAACACUGUCGUCCUGUCCACCGCACCACAGGCAAAUCCUCCUCCAGUGCUGGUCAACACAGACAGCUUGGAGACACCAACUUAUGUGAAUGGUACUGAUGCAGAUUAUGAAUAUGAGGAAAUCACACUUGAAAGGGGAAAUUCAGGGCUUGGUUUCAGCAUUGCAGGAGGUACAGACAACCCACACAUUGGAGAUGACUCAAGUAUUUUCAUCACCAAAAUUAUCACAGGAGGAGCAGCUGCCCAGGACGGAAGAUUGCGAGUAAAUGACUGCAUCCUGAGGGUAAAUGAAGCGGAUGUUGGAGAUGUAACCCAUAGCAAAGCAGUCGAGGCACUGAAAGAAGCUGGAUCUAUUGUGCGAUUGUACGUGAAAAGGCGGAAGCCAGCAUCAGAGAAAAUCAUGGAAAUAAAACUCAUUAAAGGUCCUAAAGGUCUUGGGUUCAGCAUUGCUGGAGGUGUUGGAAAUCAGCAUAUUCCUGGCGAUAACAGCAUCUAUGUAACCAAAAUAAUUGAAGGAGGUGCAGCACACAAGGAUGGCAAGCUUCAGAUUGGAGAUAAGCUCCUAGCAGUGAAUAGUGUAUGUUUAGAAGAAGUUACUCAUGAAGAAGCAGUAACUGCCUUAAAGAAUACAUCUGAUUUUGUUUAUUUGAAAGUGGCAAAACCAACAAGUGUGUAUAUAAAUGAUGGCUAUGCACCACCACCCGACAUCACUAACUCUUCUUCUCAGCCUGUUGAUAACCAUGUUAGCCAAUCUUCCUACUUGGGCCAGACACCAGCGUCACCAGCGAGAUACUCACCCAUUUCUAAACCAGUGCUUGGAGAUGAUGAGAUUACUAGGGAACCUAGAAAAGUUGUUCUUCAUCGUGGCUCAACAGGACUUGGUUUCAACAUUGUGGGAGGUGAGGAUGGAGAAGGAAUAUUUAUCUCUUUCAUCCUGGCUGGAGGACCUGCUGAUCUCAGUGGAGAGCUCAGAAAAGGAGAUCGCAUUAUAUCGGUAAACAGUGUUGACCUCAGAGCUGCAAGUCAUGAGCAAGCAGCGGCCGCAUUAAAAAAUGCAGGCCAAGCUGUCACUAUUGUCGCACAAUAUCGACCUGAAGAGUACAGCCGUUUUGAAGCUAAAAUACACGACUUACGGGAGCAGCUGAUGAGCAGUAGCAUUAGUUCUGGGUCCGGCUCUCUUCGAACUAGCCAGAAGCGGUCCCUCUAUGUCAGAGCCCUUUUUGAUUACGACAAGACUAAAGAUAGUGGCCUGCCCAGUCAAGGAUUGAACUUCAAAUUUGGAGAUAUUCUCCACGUCAUCAACGCUUCUGAUGAUGAGUGGUGGCAAGCCAGGCAGGUCACGGCAGACGGUGAGAGGGAUGAAGUCGGAGUGAUUCCUAGCAAACGCAGAGUGGAGAAGAAAGAACGAGCCCGGUUAAAAACAGUCAAGUUCAAUUCUAAAGCAAGAGGAGACAAAGGGCAGUCAUUCAAUGACAAGCGUAAAAAGAACCUCUUUUCCCGAAAAUUUCCCUUCUACAAGAACAAGGACCAGAGUGAGCAGGAAACCAGUGAUGCUGACCAGCAUGUAACUUCGAAUGCCAGCGACAGUGAAAGUAGUUACCGUGGUCAAGAAGAAUAUGUUUUAUCGUAUGAGCCAGUGAACCAACAAGAAGUUAAUUAUACUCGACCAGUCAUUAUAUUGGGACCCAUGAAAGACAGGGUAAAUGAUGAUUUAAUCUCAGAAUUUCCCGACAAAUUUGGAUCCUGCGUCCCUCAUACAACUAGACCAAAGCGUGACUAUGAGGUAGAUGGAAGAGAUUAUCAUUUUGUGACUUCAAGGGAACAGAUGGAAAAGGACAUCCAGGAACAUAAGUUCAUUGAAGCUGGCCAGUAUAACAACCAUCUGUAUGGAACAAGCGUUCAGUCUGUGCGAGCAGUAGCGGAGAAGGGCAAACAUUGUAUCCUUGAUGUGUCCGGAAAUGCCAUCAAGAGAUUGCAGAUUGCACAACUUUACCCAAUAUCUAUUUUUAUUAAACCCAAAUCCAUGGAAAAUAUCAUGGAAAUGAAUAAGCGCCUAACAGAAGAACAAGCCAGAAAAACAUUUGAAAGAGCCAUGAAAUUGGAACAGGAAUUCACUGAACAUUUCACAGCCAUUGUACAAGGAGACACGCUGGAGGACAUCUACAACCAAGUGAAGCAGGUCAUAGAAGAACAGUCCGGGCCUUAUAUUUGGGUCCCAGCAAAAGAAAAAUUAUGAAGAUGGCUUUUCUGUUCCUUUUCACACGGUCUCGUUUCUCUUCCCUGUCCUGGAGUUUCAUGAGUACUCCUCUCUCACACUGACUCAGACCCCCACGGUUGGCACCUGUGCCCGUCACUGACCUCCAGUGUCUCCUUCAUGUGCAUUAUUGUUUAUUCUAUGUUACUCUCGGUUUCCGGCCAUUCUUCAGACUGCAGAAGAACGGCCAGACCAGCUAGGAAGGGUUUGGGGAGAUGCAAAAUUGUAAAAUUCCUUAAUGUUUAAGGGAAAGUUAACUUUAAGAGAUUUUCAGAAAAGCUUUAUAUACAUUCUUUUCCAGUUUCAGUACAAACAAAAGAAAGGUGGUUUUAAUCAGUGACUCUGGACCUUGAGCAACAGUGCACGCUCAUUCAGUAGCAUGGUUUGGCUGGUGUAUUAGCUCUCAAUUCUUCCCUCAAUUGACUUCUGGUAUUAAAGUAAUUAUUUCAUUAAAGACAAGAAAGAUAGGGGUUUUAUUUCCAAAUUAAUGUCUGGUUAACUCAUAAUUUCAGGAGGGCUGUUUGUUAUUCAUGAGAGGUCUUUAUUGUGUGAACCCUCCCCUAGUCUGCUUGCUAGGGAGAACAGCGGUGUGCGCUGUAGUCAGCAUGAGCAGCACAGCUUAGUGCUGUCCAUAUACUUCCUGACUACAGUUCUGUUGAGGGGUUCGAGGCUCACCUUCCCACAGAAGGCGAGGAAGUUCCACAGAAAGAACUGCAGACAAGAAAGUUCAUGUAGAGGUGUGGUGAUAAUCAUGUCAGUGGGAAAGUGUCCAGUUCAUAGCCUGAAAUCUUAAUGUAUGCUUAGGGAGGGGGCAGAUUUUAAUGACUAUUUUACCCACAAUAACUGCCUAUUUUGUUAUAAUAAAAUAUAUAUAAAUAUAUAUAAAACUUUCUUUAACUAAACUCUGUAACUAUGGGAAUUAUUUUCUUUACAUAGUUGCACACACAAACAUAUAUAUAUUUAAAAUAUAUUUUUCUUUUGCCACCUACUUCUAACUUUUUGUUUGGUUUUUAAAUUAAGUAUUAAUUGAUGAGACUUAUCUUCCUUAAUCAUGUGAACUGAAAGCAAAUGUAUGGUGGUGAGGAAAACCUCUAGAAAACUAGACUGCAGCAGGUAGACCUGUGAGUGUGUUCUCCUCUUUCCCACAGAAGUUCCAGAGGAUUCCUAGGUCUCCUGUCGGUGUUGUAUGCUGUCGUGGAGUUUGAUUGGGGUCCUCCACCUUUCCUUUUAGUUCUCUCCUUAGUAGAAGAACAAGCUCCACUCGAGAUUUCCCCAGACGUCAUCUUAUGUAGCUGCGCUGUACUAGAAUUGCACAGGUCUUCACAGCAAACUUGUUAAAUUUUAGUGAGAGGCCGAAUGCCUUCAGAAAUCGGUCUCUCUAGUCCAUUAUUAUCAUCAUUUGGCUUCCCAUUGCUCUUUGGAAUUGUUUAUUCAAUAUGUGGUUUUUUGGCAACCUUGUUAAAAUUUCUUAAAUGAGUACUGGUUUGUAAAAAUUUUACCAACAUUAUCCAUUCCAUUUAUGAGAAAGAGGAGAACAGCUAAUAAACUUUAUUGUAAAAUCCAUA